AUGAAGGUCUUCCUCAUCAUCAACUUGCUCUGCAUCUCCGCUUACGAUCUUGACGAUCUUUUGGAAAUCAUGGAAUGCGCGAGGACUUUUCCAGGAGUAAACGUUGAAACCUCCUGCUUCAAAAACUUCAAAGCGAUCAACAAAAAAGUCGCAAGCGUUUCCCGCCCAAUUCUGAGCCAGGUGCUCUACGGCUACAAAACCCCGCCUUCCUGCGAGCUCGGUUGUCACCGAGAGGAUCACUUCAUCGACCUGGUCGAGUUGGAAAAGCUGACUGGCUGGAGCUACGUUCCCUCAAAAAGGCGACCUUUUAAAAAGUUCAUGAACAUUGGCAGAUGUCGUGGAUCGUGCGCCAUUGGAAUCAGGAGACAUGCUACUUGCUCUCAUAUUGGCGGAGAGGCUCUCUUUCAAAAUAGAAAUGGCGAACGAUUCGUCAUCGAAGGUUUCUUUGCUGACUUCUGUGUUUGCGCCUAUGCAGCCAAAGACAACUGCUAUCAACCUCUUUAA